UGUCCGCCGGCGCUGUCGGUCCCGGGGCCACGUAGCGUGUGUGCAAGUUCCGGCGUUUUUUGGUGCCGGUUACGGUGGCCGGUGGUGCGCUUUCUGUAGCGGAGUAAUAAUAGGAUAUCUCAAAAUGUUUCACGUAGUGAAAGCGUUAAUGUUGGUUUUCAUAUCGUGUAGCGUAUCAUUGUGUAGCGGCAACGUCGAUGUGAAGAAGGUUGAACGGACAAUUGAUUUGUCGUCCCAGCUUAUCAAGGUUAAUGCCAUCUUAACCAUCGAAAACAAGGACGCGAAACCCUUAUCAUCAUUUCUGGUUGCAUCAGACCCUGACUCAAAGGGAUCGCUAGCCUACAUCAAUGCCAAGGUGGGCCAGGAGUCCCUCAGCAUGGCACCAACAGCUGUGUCCAGCCAGCCUUCUGUGAAGCAUUAUUCAGUGAAGCUACUCAAGCCACUGGCUCAGGGACAGACUGUCAAGGUGGAGGUGGAGAAGGUGUUCACGCACGGACUGGAGCCGUACCCGGCCGAGAUCAGUCAGGCCGACAAGCAGCUAGUGCGCUACAUCGGCAACCACUACAUCUUCUCGCCGUACCCGGUGCAGCAGCAGACGACCAAGGUGCUGCUGGCCUCCAGCAGCGUGGAGAGCUACACCAAGCUGAAGCCGAGCCAGCUGACGGACACCACCAUCACGCUCGGCCCUUACGACAACAUGGCGCCCUACUCCAGGAGCGAGCUGGUGAUCCACUCGGAGAACAACUCGCCGUUCCUGGCCGUGACACGACUGUCGCGCCACGUCGAGGUAUCGCACUGGGGCGCCAUCUCAGUGGAGGAGACGGUCGACGUGCGCCACGUGGGCGCCCGGCUGCGCGGCUCCUUCUCGCGCUUCGACUACCAGCGCGAGCACAACAGCGGCGCCUCCAGCGUGCAGCAGUUCAAGACGUCGCUACCGGCGGCCGCCACCGGCGUCUACUACCGGGACGAGAUCGGCAACAUUUCGACGUCGCGCAUGCGCGAACAGCCGGACGAGGUGGAGCUGGAGCUGCGGCCGCGCUUCCCGCUGUUUGGCGGCUGGCGCACCCACUACGUGAUCGGCUACACAGUGCCCAUCUACGAGUAUCUCUUCAGGAGUGGCGAAAACUUCGUGCUGAACAUGCGCCUGCUGGACCACGUGUUCGACGACAUGGUGGUGGACGAGCUGACUGUGUCGGUCGUGCUGCCGGAGGGCGCCACCGACAUCGAGCUCGAGACGCCCUACCCGGUGAAGCGGCAGUCGGACUCGGUGCUGCUCACGUACCUGGACGUCACCGGCCGACCUGUCAUCACCGUCACCAAGACCAACCUGGUGGAGAACCACAUCCAGGAGUUCCGGCUCGGCUACCGCUUCCCGCUCUGGAUGGCCGUGCGCGAGCCGCUGAUGGUGGUGGCCGCCUUCCUGCUGCUCUUCCUGCUCGUCAUCAUCUACGUGCGGCUGGACUUCUCCAUCAGCAAGGAGGACGGCGCCGUGGUGCGUGAGAAGGUCGCCAGUCUCUGCGACAAGGUGCGCGCCCACCACGACACCCGCUGCGGCCUCUACCAGAGCAUGGAAGACAGCGUCUCCAAGAUCAAGUCGAGCAAGGACGUCAACGCCUUCCAGGCGGCGGUAAAGUCGCUGACGGCCAGUCUGAAGUCCGAGAGCAACGCCAUAGCCAGCCUGCAGGAGCAGGUGCGCUCCGAGGGCGCCGCCGAGACGGCCGAGCGUAUCGCAGAGCUGCAGCGGCAGGACAAGGCACUGCGGGAGCUACUGACCCAGCACGCGGCCGUGUCCGAACGCGUGGUGGCUGGCAAGCUGGGCAAGGCCCAGUUCGUGGAGCAGGAGGCGCAGCUCAACAAGAAGAAGGAGGAGACGGUGCAGAAGAUCGAGGCGGUGGUGGCCUCCCUGUAGGCGGUGCGGCCUCUCGAGCCACCGCGGGCCGAGGACGGUGGCCUCGUGUUGGCGCGGGACGUGGGCGACCUCGGGUCAGCGCCGGAGGGGAUGACGUUGGGUCGCCCAGCGACGAGGGCGGCGGAGCGCUGCACUCCGUCUGCUUGUGUGCGUGUCUGUUCGUCACGUUUGAGUAAUUGGCCGUUUAAUUUUCGUUAUCGCCGUGGCGGCGGAUCGCUUAUAUUCUGGGGUUUGUCAGGCACUUCUCGGGCGCUGGCGUGUCUUGUGAUGUUUGGAUAAGCGCCAUGCGCACAUGGGGCGUGUUUCUCGAGUCUGAAAGGGGAAACCGCUGACACUGGAGUGGGAGGGCAGUCAUUAUUGCCGCAUUGGCGCUGCCGCGCACCAUCACACCAUCACCUGGCCUAUCCAUGCCUGCGCAAUGGCGAACCCAUCCUCCGGAGGUGCCGCCCGAGCCACACCAGUGCAUCUGUGAGAGGCGCUCGGUUGCAGCUGCCCGCCACCAGUGUGCUCUGCUGUCACAAACGGGAUGGCUGGUUGGCUGAGUGGGCCUGGGUUUCCCCACCCACCCGGCACCGCGGAGUCCAGGCCGCUACCGGCCGCCGGCGCCGCCCAGCGCCUGGCUGGCCCGCGGCUGCCGUGCGGCGCGAAGAGCUGCAGGACGGCGAGUGGUGCCGGCUGUCCGCCGGGGCUGAGCGGCGCAGGCGUGGUCUGACGGGUCCCGCGCGCUGCUCAGGCCGGGGCCGCCUACUCGGUCGCCGUCGGCGCGUGCUGGAGUGUGCUGUGCUUUUUAAUACACAUUCCCACGGCGUGAG